AUGGAUAUUGAGGGUGAUGAUCAAUUGGACUUGGAUGUGGAAGCUUAUUCACGAAACUACGAAGGACGAAACCUAGUGCUGAGGCUACUUCAUAUCGCAGAGAAUUCUGUUGGCCCGAUGUUCACUGACGAUUUGGAACUUGAAGCCCUUCGACUUGCCUAUGAUCUUAUCCGGAAUGACGGAAUUGUCUGUGACAUGCGUUUGUUCACAGUUAUAGCUGAAAAAAUACAAGGCAGAUUAGGAGAAGGUUAUCUCUUGGAUGAAAAAUGGCGUCUUACUAAGAACAACAAUUUCGUCAAACAAGACAGCAUUCUAAGAAACGACUUAGAAAGUGCUACGGACGAACUCGAAAAAGACCGUCUUGCACUUCGUCAGUAUUGGCUCCAUUACCACUGUGGCCAAAUGGCGAUCGUUUUCCGACCAUAUCCCCGGCAGGUCCAAACUAUCGAUGCUUACAUGGCUACACUAUUGGUGGCCCUCGAGACCCGCAACUUUGGGGAGCUUCCCCACCGAAGUGUCGAACAGAUAGCUUACUGCAACGUAAAAAGGGCAUAUGGCUUCAAAAUUGACUGCUUUAAGUCUCUUUCUAAUCUUUUAGAAAGCAAGUAUCAAGUUACUGCGGAAGGGAAUGCCGUUGAUACAAUCGUUAACCCUAUCGGGCAAGUCGCUAGUCAUUUGGAAAACGUUAUCAAACCGUUUGGGCCAUGUGACUAUCUAAUUGAUGUCAUCAAGAAGUUACUUGCUGGGCACUUCACUGAUUGCAUGACACUGCUGGAGAAACAAAGACCGAGACUUCUCCUAGAUUUCUACCUUAGAGAUCACGUUGAUAACUUACUAUCAAUGAUGAGGGAUGGUGGAAGACUGAGAGUUGACUCUGGGGGCAUGGUGAUCACGGAAUCCCAAGUCAAGAGAUUGAUGCUUGAGGGAAAAAUCAAGGGGCGUAUUGAAGGCCAAGUUUUCUGCCCGCAAAUGCAAGUCAAAAGCAGUGAGAUCGAUGACUCACAUGAACCGCCUCCAUGUUCUGUCCGAUCUCAUCUAGAACGUGUGCCUCGAACAGACCGAAUCCCGAAGAUGAUUCGUAAAGAAGAUACAUCGCCGUUGUAG